AGUGUCAAUUGCAUUCAUAUAGAAGAGAUUUCUUCUUUUCUUUUAAUGUAAUUAUUUUAUUCCCAUGUUAAAAUGACAAAAGAAAAGCUUGUUACUGACUCAGAAAGAAAAAGUGCGAUACUAUCUAUAAGUAAGCGGUGCAUAUGAAAUGAAGUCAGUACUGUUACAACGAGAUUUGUAGGACGGACAACGUUGGAUAAUUUGAAAGACGAUCCACACAGGUAUCGAUCAGCUACUACGGGGCAUUGGCACAAUUUCAAUCAAAUAUUUACGUUUUAUACAAUUGGAAGUUUGUAUAACGCACUUCGCAUUAUUGUACUAGGAAGCAUUUGUUACUCAGAACAAUUUCUUUAUUCAAAAUAUCAAAAUGAAGAGCAAGUUACAACAACGUAAUAAAAGUUGGACAAAGUUAGCAAAACGAACUUGGGCGUUUGUUGCCUCUCUUUGCCUCUUGGCAAUUCCUCUAUCUGCUGGAGCUCGUAUACACCAGACCAGUGACGCCAGGGAAGAAGGAAAACUGAAAAUUGAUGACACCAGUCUACGCGGUGGACGUAAGCUUCACGAUGUCAGCGGACUUGUCGAAUUUCAAAUUGCACUCAAGAAAAUGAUUGAGGAAUAUAAACAACUACAACAUGAAUUAGAGUAUUGUAAGUCGACUAUGUCAACUGGAGGAACGACAACAGACUCAUCUCGCCAACGUCCACAUUCGUACGAUGACGUAGUCAGUGACCAAGACGAGAGAGAUAUUGACAUAGGAGAGAGAAAUUACUACGGUUGGAUGCCUUUUGGAAAAUGAUAGUUCGCCCAAACAGUGAAACAUUCUUAUUCGAUUUUACUUCGGACAUUCAAAUGAGAAUCAACGAGUUCCAGUCAAAUGUUAUUUAUUACUCUGUAUUUGUGUUGUUUUAAUUGGCAAUUUCGUAGCUGCACAAGAUCAGAUAAUAAUAUCUGACAAAAUGGCAAUGCGACGUGCGAUUUGAAGUACUAUCAAUUGGUAUUGUAAUAGCAUAAAACAAUUGUAAUUGCAUAUUAUUUAUCGUUUUUUUUUUCAAAUACAUUUUUC